GGGUCGUGGAAAAAAUGCAUCCUUCCAUUUCCUGGCUUGUAAAUCGAGGCUGCUGGCUAGUGGGCUUUUCAUUCGAAUUUUAGCUUUACUUUAUUUUCGGUCUACGACGACGCGUCUGUCGGUCACGCGCUCAGCUCAGGCAGGUAGGUAUGAAAGCUGGAGCUAAACGAGAGACGGACGCUAGAUGGCGACAGAGAGACGCUGAUCGCUAUGUAAAGUCGGCGAGAUCGCGAGUCGCUGCUUUAAGUGAUUUAAUGUGGGCCGCUUCUCAGCGCCUUCUCCGACUUCCUCUCGCGCGUCUCCCGGUGCGCUGUUUCGAGCCUGUUCACGUUUCCGAAAGUCCGUUCUGUUCCAGCGCUCGUGCACGCGUCUGCGCAGUGCGUGCAGGAGGAAGAGCGAGUGCAGCGCGAGGAGCGCAGUCGGACAUGAUGCGCGCGGAGCUCAGACGUGAUCCACCAUGGUGAGCGCGAGACCCGGAGCGCGACGAUUUCUGUUCAGCGUGAAGCGCAAGAGAUGCGCCGUGCAUGAAGAACCCGGAGCGCUCGGGGCCGAGCUGGUUUUACUGGUCUGAGUGGGAAAGAAACUCAGCGGAAAUCUGCGUAGGAGAACUGCAGCAGGAACUAGGGUUUUUUUUUUUUCUUUCUUCUAAUGCUUAUGGAGAAUCUCAGCAAUCUGGAAUACAUGAUGAAGUUCAAGCCUAAUCAGACGAGGACGUACGACGGAGAAGGCUUUAAAAAACGGGCCGCGUGUUUGUGUUUUAAAAACGAACGGGAGGACGAGGUGUUGCUUGUGAGCAGUAGCCGGCACCCGGAUCAGUGGAUCGUUCCAGGAGGCGGAAUGGAGCCAGAGGAAGAGCCGGGUGGCACUGCUGUGAGAGAGGUCUAUGAAGAGGCUGGUGUAAGGGGAACACUCGGCAGAUUGCUGGGGGUAUUUGAGAACCUAGACAGCAAACAUCGAACGUACGUGUAUGUGCUUACUGUUACAGAGACACUGGAGGACUGGGAGGACUCUGUUAAUAUUGGUCGCAAGAGAAAGUGGUUUAAGAUCGACGAGGCGAUCCGGGUGCUGCAGUGCCAUAAGCCGGUCCAUGCAGAGUACCUGCGCAGACUCACACCUCGCUGUGGCUCCACCAACGGAAACACUCAAGAGCCAACAGGCCAAGCCGAUAACACACCUCUCCAUCAGACAACCUCACAUGACUGCAGUCUGCCCCGAUUACACAGAUAGAACUGCCAACAGGGGGCAGCUUUGGGCCACUUAAAAAAAAAAAAAAAAGGACCGGAAAGGACUAUUUUUGCAUGCAGCAUUUCUAUACAUAGUAGUUUUUUUUUCUAAUGUUGAAAAGCCAAAGGUCUCAAGACGUAAUGUGCCUUUGACUCAAAAGUUUAGCAGAUAGUGAUAAUGGAGUAUAUACUUUUUUUUCUUCCCUACAGCCGAACAAAGACGUGGUGGACUUGAGCUGUGAAUGAAGACUAUUGUAAAGAUCAUGGACAUUUGAGGAACCUUUGGAUGAACUUUUAAAUAAUUGAUCAAUUACUAAUGGAGCUUUAGUGUUAUUUAUUCAUAGGUUGCAGUGAUUUAACAUGUUUGACAUGAAGCUGAAGCGUCUUCGCAAUGGCCAAACUGUGCAAUACUUGAUGUAAAAAAAAAAAAAAAAAAAAAAACACAAUGAAAUUUCCCCCCAAAAAAUUAUGCAAUUCAUGGAUUUUCUUUAUUUCCUUUAAUAUGUCAACAAUAAUUUGAAAGAAAAGCUGAUUGUCUGUGGCAAAGUGUAUAACUCUGUAUCUAAACAAGUCAAUGCCCUGACAGGAUAACAGCAUGCAUUUUGAUGUAAUUUGGACAGUUUUAAAUCACCAUCCUUCUCACUAUAUUAUAGUACCUCUCUAUCAGUAAAACUAAAGAUAUUCUUAUUCUGUGACCUAUUGAA